CUUUAUGAUUUUUGUUUGUUUUAUUGCUGUGUGCUGCUCCUCCUCUUGUGUGUCGCCGAGAUUCUUCUUCUUCUUCUCCAACCUUGAAAAACCCUAAAAGAACCGCGAGUGGCACACUAACUAUUUCCCCCCCUUUUCGCAAUUCCUCCAUCCGAAUCUCGAAUUCAGUAAUGGCUACCGCCGCCAGGGCGCAGGCGCUCUCUCUCCUCGCCGCAGCCAACAACCACGGCGAUUUAGCGGUGAAGCUCUCGUCUCUAAGACAGGUGAAGGAGUUAUUGCUGUCCCUUGAGCCGUCUCUCUCCGCUGAGAUUUUCCCCUAUCUCGCAGAACUCCACUCGUCGCCUGAAACUCUAGUUCGCAAAUCCCUUGUUGAGAUCAUUGAAGAGGUUGGUUUGAGGAUGCUUGAUCAUUCUUAUGUUCUACUGACUGUAUUACUAGUCUUAGCCAAGGACGAGGACCCGGUUGUUGCAAAGAAUGCUAUUUCUGUUGGAACAGCUUUCUAUUGCACCAUCUUGGAAGAGAUGGCAAUGCAGUUUCAUCAUCGUGGUAAAGUUUAUCGUUGGGUUGGGGAACUAUGGACAUGGAUGGUUAAGUUCAAAGACGCCGUCUUUUCUACUGCUUUGGAGCCUGGUUGUGUGGGGGUGAAAGUUUUGGCGCUAAAGUUUAUGGAGACAUUUAUUUUGCUUUUUACUCCUGAUGCAUCUGAUCCUGAGAAAAUUUUCAACGAAGGAAGUAGAAAAAUGUUUAACAUUUCCUGGCUUGUUGGCGGUCACCCCAUUCUAAAUUCGGCAAUGCUCAUGUCUGAAGCAAAUAGGACAUUUGGCAUCUUACUAGAUCUCAUACAUUCGGCUGGUCGUUUACCGGGUGCACUGACGAUAACUGUUGUUAGUUGUCUUGCGGUGGUAGCAAGGAAGAGGCCUGUCCACUACAACAGUUUCCUUUCCGUUCUACUGGAUUUUCACCCAAAUCUUGAGUCGGUAAAGGGGUGCCAUGCUGCAAGCGUGCAGUAUUCCAUAAGAACUGCCUUACUGGGAUUCCUUAGAUGUACUUCCUCACCUAUGAUAGAGUCAAGAGACAAGCUUCUUAGAGCAUUACGAGCAAUGAAUGCUGCAGACGUUGCUGAUCAAGUUCUCCGCCAAGUUGAUAAAUUGAUCCGAAAUAAUGAGCGCGCUGCACGUGAGAAUUGGUCAGGCAAGAACAACCAGGCGAUAAAUCAUCAGAAUUCUUGGGAUUUGUCAAAGAAACGAAUAAUGCCCCAGGGUGAAGAUGAUACAGUCAAUGGAGAGGUUGCUCCGAAGCGCUUACGCCAUAAUAAUAACAUGCAUUUGACUCCGAAAGGUCAAAUAAGUGAUUCUCCACAUGGAACUGUCUCUAUCAAUGGCAUAUCCUCUGGUAACCAUCCUUCGGACAGUGAGCCGACUCCAGUGGAACAAAUGGUUUCAAUGAUCGGUGCUCUACUUGCUGAAGGAGACAGAGGAGCUUCUUCACUUGAAAUUCUCAUUUCUAAGCUUCAUCCAGAUAUGCUUGCUGAUAUUGUUAUUACAAGCAUGAAGCAUUUGCCUAGUAACCCUCCUACGUUGACAACUUCUCUAGCUACUCCAGCAGAUAUUGUCGUUUCUUCUUCCAUAAAUCCCAUGCGUUCUCCGACUCGUCAGCCACAACUUCCUUUCGAUUCAACCCUUCCCUUUGGGUCAUCAUUAUCCGAUGUGCCUAGCUUGAACGCGGUUGUCGACCCUAGACGCGACCCAAGAAGGGACCCUCGUCGCAUGGAUCCAAGACGUUCAAAUCCAUCUGUGGGACCAACAUCACUGCCUGGAGAUGAGGGUAAAGAAACAGUCCCAGUUCAGAUGGACAUCUCGACCGUAGCGAGCAAGCCACCUUCGGUUCCUGAUGUCACAGCAGGGACUGGUGGUUCAGUACAUCCAACAACAGUAGAUCAUAGCCAAAACAAGGUGAUGGGAAGUUCGAUAAUCAGAAGAAUCGAUCAGCCUGAUUGCAGAGAGGACUUGUUGCCUAUUCCCAAGGAGUAUGGUUAUCUCUCAAAGGGCAAAUCACCUUUAGAUGUUCCACUGUCUCCUUGCAGGGAUGAUGAAGGCAUCAGAAAUACAAAGCUUGAUUUGGAUCUAGUGUCUGUUCCAGAUUUUAAUCAACACUCGCCUUCAGAAGCAGGGCCAGAUUUUGAACUACACCCCCCUGUAGACUCAAAUAUUACUGCAGCAGAGGAAAGCUACCGAGAGUUGGCACCUGUUCCAUCAUAUGUUGAACUUACCACAGAGCAAAGCAACACUGUAGGAAAGUUGGCUUUACAAAGGAUAAUUGAAUCAAAUAGACAUGUCUGUGGCUUUGAUUGUAACAAGAUUCGCAUGGCACUGAUUGCCCGAUUGAUUGCUCAGAUUGAUGCUGGCAAUGAUGUUGCAGCCAUACUAAGAGCGCAUAUUAGUGUGGAUCAUCGAGAAUUCAAGGGGCAUGAACUUGUUUUACAUGUUCUUUACCAUCUGGAUUCGAUGGCGAAUCUGGACACUGAUGAAUCCUCUUCCUAUGCUACUGUUUAUGAAAAUUUUCUCAUAGCAGUGGCAAGAUCAUUUCUGGAUACUCUCCCUCCUUUCGACAAGUCUUUUAGCAGACUUUUUGGAGAAGCUCCACAUCUACCUGAUUCUGCCAUAAAGCUACUGAAUGAACUCUGCUCCACUCGUCCUGACCCAGUUGGAGGAGAAGCCUGUGAUAGUGAACGUGUUACCCAAGGGCUUGGUGUAGUUUGGAGCUUAAUUCUAGUGCGUCCAAAUGAGCGAAAAGCAUGCUUAGCUAUAGCACUGAAUUGUUCAGUUCAUUAUGAAGAAGACAUCCGUGCAAAGGCCAUCCGACUUGUCACAAACAAACUAUAUCACCUUACAUACAUAUCAGAGCAUGUUGAGCAAUUUGCAACAGAUAGGCUACUGACUGCUGUGAACUCUGAGACAGAUUUCUCGCAGACUGCAGAAGGAACAAAUAUAGAGGCUAAAAGUCAGAUAACUUCGACAAGUGACUCUCCAAGGUCUGGAAACUCUGACAUUCACUCUCAGCAGGAUCUACAAACUUCUCGUGAUGUUUCUGUUUUAUCAUUUUCUGAAGCUCAGAGACUAAUUUCUCUGUUCUUCGCUUUAUGUAAAAAGAAACCUAGUCUCCUUCGACUUGUCUUUGAAGUUUACGGGAAAGCUCCAAAAACAGUAAUCCAGGCUUUUCAUCGACAUAUGCCUAUUCUGAUACGAGAAUUAGGAUCAUCUUAUAUUGAACUGCUCCCUAUAAUAUCUGAUCCUCCUAAGGGAAGUGAAAAUUUAUUGACAUUGGUGUUACAAAUAUUGACACAAGAAUUGGCACCGUCGUUGGAUUUGAUUGCUACUGUAAAGCAUUUAUAUGAAACGAAGCUAAAGGAUGUUUCAAUUCUUAUCCCAUUGCUUUCUUCACUCACUAAAGACGAGGUUUUACCUAUCUUUCCGCCGCUUCUUAAUCUUCCACCUGAUAAGUUCCAACUUGCACUUGCUCAUAUAUUACAGGGUUCUGCUCACACUGGCCCUGCCCUAACACCUGCCGAGGUACUGAUUGCUAUUCACGAGGUUGUUCCUGAUAAAGAUGGGCCAACACUGAAAAAGAUAACAGAUGCAUGUUCAGCUUGCUUUGAACAACGCACAGUUUUCACGCAGCAAGUCUUAGCAAAGGCCCUCGGUCAGAUGGUUGAUCGAACACCUCUGCCUUUACUCUUCAUGAGAACAGUAAUUCAGGCAAUCGAUGCUUUUCCAACACUUGUUGACUUUGUCAUGGGAAUCCUUUCCAAGUUGGUGAGUAGGCAGAUAUGGAGACUACCAAAACUGUGGCCUGGCUUCUUGAAAUGUGUGUCUCAGACACAGCCACAUUCUUUCCCUGUCUUGUUGGAGUUGCCAAUGCCACAACUUGAAAGUAUAAUGAAGAAGUUUCCUGAUCUAAGACCUUCUCUUACUGCUUAUGCGAAUCAGCCAACUAUCAGAGCUUCUCUACCAAAUUCAGCUCUUUCAGUUCUUGGGCUUGACAGUGGGCAAGAUUCGCGGCCACAAAUGCACCCUUCAGAUGCAGCUUCUUCUGUUCAUGGGGCAGCCUUAACGUGACCCUCUCUGGAAGAAUAGCGGAAGGAGACAAAGCACUGAUACUGAAAUCUUGUGUCAAUGGUUCGAGAAUGGCUACCACACGUGUCUCUGGCCUACUAACUACAUGUGCGGCUGUGUUAGCAAGACCAGUUUUGUAGGCCAGUGUGUGUGGUCAUUCAUAUUUUCUUAUUUCUUCCCCUUUUUCUGUGUAUAUUUUCUUAUAAGACAUCACUGUGCCCGUGAAAAGGGGGUCACCUGUAGUGAGUGUACAAUUGCUUCAACGUUGUUUCCUAUAUAGAGAAGAUAAAAGAGUUUAAAAGGCUAUAAUAUUA